AAUCUGGGACCGUCACAUUUGCCAUAACACCAGCACUUGCAGUUUCCAAAACACCAAAAGAAAAGACAAAAAAAAAAAAAGGAAGAAAACCCAGGAUAUACUUUGCUCUGCUCCUCAAAAUCCAACUUCUUCUAUCCCUUGCGUCAUUCUCAACCAGCAAAAACGAAGCCAAGCUCUUCUCUCCUCUCAUUCUUUUCCUUCCAAUUCUUCAGCAUGGAGCUUUUUCUUGAAUUCUUAUUUACUAUUUCUCUUUCUUUUAUUCUUUCGUUCAUUCUUGCUAAGCUUCUUUCUCUGUCGUCUGUCAUUGAUCAACAUCUCGAGGCUGUGUCAAGAUCAUGCAUGGAAGUCACGGCCAAAUCAGAAAAAUAUGUUCUUGAAUGUGAAAAGGGACUUGGGUUUGUUUCAGAAGUUGUAAAAGUUGAUGCUUUAGGUGAAUCUGCGGAAGGAAAGAAAUCCCUUGAAGAGGCUUCGAGUGGUAGUUAUGGAUCACCAAAAAUAACAGAGGAACCUACUGAAGAAAGCUAUGGUCAGGAGAAUUUUGUUAAGGAAACCACUGAGAUAGAAUUAGCUAAAGAUGAAGAAGAAGAGAUUGAGGUUUUGGAGUGCGAAAAAGAGAAUGGUGGGGAUUGCUUAAAGGAGGGGUUAUCCGAUGAGGAUGACGAUGACAAUGAUUGGGAGAGAGUUGAAAGAACUGAAUUGAAAAAGGAUUUUGUUGCUGCAGUGCGGUUUUUGGGGUGUAAAAGCAAUGCUGAUCAAACUUAUGAUUUGAAAAUUGCCAAUGAUGUAAAGAUGCAAUUCUAUGGACUUUACAAGAUUGCCACUGAAGGGCCUUGCCAUGAGCCUCAGCCUAUGGCAUUGAAGUUGUCUGCCCGUGCAAAAUGGAAUGCCUGGAAAAGACUCGGGAACAUGAGUCCAGAAGCAGCCAUGGAGCAGUACAUCACCCUUCUUUCAAGAAGCAUCCCUGGGUGGAUGCAAGAUGAUAUUUGUGGGGAAAGUAAACAGCAUUAUGCAGAUAACAGAGCAUGUAGGAGGCUGCCUUUGGAUGUUAAUACUAUGCCAGAAAAUCAAACAAUAGCUGUGGAUUACAGGACUUUAAAUGAGUUGAAGGCACACGUUUAAAGUUUUGAUUGGACAAGGUCUGUUGUAUACACUCCUUGAAUAAGGACAAGCAAAAGGAAGCAGUCUUUCCAGUGCCAGUUGCUCUUCAUCAGCCAGCUCUCAUCUCAAAAACAUCCCAGCUUCAAACGACCAAGGAUAAGAAGCAUGCUUCCAAGAAUAUUAGGAGCUUCUGCUUAGUUAUAUACAAGUAUAUAUCAUAGUCUUGAUAAAGAACUAACGAUUUAUCUGUCAAAUAUCAGACCCUUCCUUCCUGAUUCCCAUUAGUCAGCCAGUAAAUCCAAUGUUCUUUGCAGACAUAAGACGGCAGGUUGUUAUUCAUUAGCUUCCUCUGAAUAGAAAGAAAAGGAACAAUAAAGCAUUUGUACAGCUUUCAGCUUUGGCCAUUUUUAUUGAGUUGGGAUGUGAAGCUUUUUUAUGCUUCUUCGUGGAGUUGUGUACUGAUUAUUACUAUGAAUCUGAUUCUAUUUUAUCCUUAACAUAAGGGAACAUGUUUAAAGGAUAUAUUCAUAUUU